AGAACAUGACAAUAGAAAUGCUAGGUUCACGUAUCUUCGUUUACUCUUCUUACUAUUAAUUUGGGUAGAUCGAAAAAAUAAAUGAACUGAAUAAUUGUGAAAUAGAAUCUAACAGUAUCGUUUUAAACUUGUUUGCCUCUAUAUUUCAUUCACAGAUACUUCAUAGUAAAGUCGGGGGAGUAAGUGGAGUAUUUUGAAAUAUUCAAUAAUAUUGACGUUUUUUGGUAGGCAGCUUUGCUCUACAAUUUAAACUCUGACCUCAAGGUUAACACAUUAAACCUCUAUAUAAACACGGCAAAACUUUGGUUUCUCUACACGGACAAACCAGAAACAGCACUCUACAAUCCAUACGCUUUGUAAAAAGAUGGCCACGAACAUGUUUCUGUAUUGGGGGUCGGGGAGCAUCCCCUGCUGGAAGGCUAUGAUCGUUCUGGAGGAGAAGGGAUUCGGGGGAUACAAGAACAAGCUGAUUGAAUUCAGUAAACAGGAACACAAGGGACCAGAUGUUCUAAAACUAAACCCCCGGGGUCAGAUGCCCGUAUUCAAAGAUGGCGACAUAGUGGUAAAUGAAUCAAGUGCCAUAUGUGAAUACUUAGAGAGUACCUACAAAGAUAAGGGAAACCAACUCAUUCCGUCCGACAAAGCCAAGAGAGCUACGGUUCUUCAGCGCAUGCACGAGGCAUCUAACAACUUUCAGCAGAAAUUGAUGGUGGAUCUACUGUUUUAUUUCUUUCAAACCAAAGAAGAAGAUCGAAAGCCGGAAGACUUGAAAAAGAAGGGAGAGGCUCUAAAGGAAGAACUUCAGCGAUGGGAAGGCUAUAUAGAAAAGACCAAAGGUUUCGUGGCUGAUUCCAAUUUUACCAUGGCUGAUGUCUACUUUUACCCAUUCCUCGCCUUCGGCAAGCGUUGGGGACUGGAGUUGGAAAAGUUUCCUAAUUUGAAGGCCUAUUAUGACAAAAUGUCAGCUCGUCCUAGUGUCAAGUCCACUGAACCACCUCACUGGAAAGAAGAACCGCCAAAGGCCACCCCUCUUAAAGGCAUUUUCUGAACUCGAUCGUAGUUUACCUCCACACAAAGUAAAGACUGUAUUUCACUAAAUAUUUCUUGGGGGAUGCCAUUCAUGGAUGUGAUUUGGAUAUAACCCGUAUUUUAAAAACGCUUCAUCACUUUUUAUAAGAUAUGAGAAUAUAGCAUUCAAAUAAAAUGUGACAACCAAUGAACAAAAA